UGUAUUUAAUUGUAAUCGCGGCGUAUGUUUUGAUUAACUAAUAAUUUUAUGUGUUCAACAUACUGAAAAAUAAUUUAGUUCACCCCAAUUAUAAGGGCCAUCUUUCGAAGAUUCCCGCCAAGACACAAGAGAAUGGCUUAAAGGUUUUGUAACCAGACUAUAAUUAUUAAAAAAAACAUAUGUCAAGGACAAGUCAAGUUUUUAUGUCAAAACAUUUACUAUUUCAAACUUCUAAUGAGCCUAGAAAAAUGAUCUCAUGAAAUGAUGACUAAUUACUGGUAAAAUAUUGGCAUUGAAUUCGUACUACUGUAAAACCAACAUGACUUCUAUUCAUAACGAGGAUUUAAUUAAAAAAAUAAUAAAAAAGACUGCUAUACCGCUUAUUUUGCGACAAUUUGUUGACGACUGGCCCUUAUGCCGGUGGAAUUUGGAAAAGUGGUCUUCGGUUUUCGGAGACAAAGCGGUUCCUUUCCGUUGUAUGAACAGAAAUUUCGUUUCUACGGGUCCUUGCUGGGAAAGGAUGUGCAAUGAGAGGUUAAUGACAUUUAAUGAGUUUAUUGGAAAAGCAGAGGCCAGUGAAGAGUGGAUGUAUUUUGACUAUAAAUAUUUACACCAAUGGUUCAAUUCAGAUAAUGAAUUAAUUAAGGAGGUUUCAUGGAAAAAGUUUGGGCAUCCUGAUAAAAAUGCCUCACACAGUACUCUGUGGAUUGGGAGUAAAGGGGCACAUACACCUGCACACCAGGAUACUUAUGGAUACAAUAUCAUAACACAGUUGUAUGGAAGAAAGCGUUGGAUAUUGUUUCCUCCGGAAACUGGCAACCUGAAGCCAACCAGAGUGCCUUAUGAAGAGUCAAGUGUAUAUAGCGAACUGAAUUUCUACUGUCCCAGUAAUUUAGAUAGUUUUAAUGGUUUGACUGGUGCUCGGUUGGUAGAACUUUCAGCGGGGGAUGCUUUGAUAGUACCCAGUGGCUGGUGGCAUUAUGUGCAAAAUAUUGACAAUGUUAAUAUUGCCCUUAACAUUUGGUUACCCCAUGAAAAGGAUACAUCAACCCAGGUUUCUGAAGCAUUGAUAAAAAUUUUAGUAGCUCAAAUAUGUAAAGAUUUGCCUCAAGAAACUGCCAAGCUUCUAGUCAAUCCAAAUGAGGAUGAUAUAUCAGAGACACCUUUAGCAGUACUAUUUCUACAACUCGACACAGUUGCUAAGACAUACUUAGAAAACAAAAAGAAACUACGACGUGUCAAACGACAGAGAACUUGUGACGUUAACUCAGAAGUAGAGACACAAGUCGAGGAAGAAUUAGAUUUAAAGAAAUUACUAGAUAAUAAAUUAAAUAAGCUAGAAUUGCCGUCAAUGAUAAGCACAAAUAAUUUAAUUGAUUUAUUGAAAGAGAAUUUAAAGAUGUUUGCUAAUGAUGGCAAACAAAUUGACGAUGACGAAGUAGAGGGCGCCACUGACAAACUUAAUUUGACAAAAGCUGUCAUAGAUUCGUUCUGUCAAAGUAAUGUAAUAGAUCUUGUCAAGCAAAAUUUGUUUGCGCGCCUCAGUUAAAUUGUAUACAGGAUGAUCCUUAAUUUAUCCAUUUGUUAAGAAUCGCCUGUAUUUAAUUACAAAUAUACAGAUGACUCUUAAUGUAUCCAUCCAUUAAAAAUCCUCCUGUAUAUUUGAGAAGAAUCU